ACUUUCCCUUUUGGUAGUCAAAUUCGACAUAUCAUAUAUGUCACAUAUUUUCAAAAAUGACACCAAAAUUAAUGUAAUGAGAAGAAUCUAAAAAUAUUAAUAAAAAAACAAGAUGGCUACAAAAACAAUAGCAAGUGCAACUGUUAGGGCGGUAAAAAAACGUGUUUUACCAUCGCGAGCAGCCCUUGUUUUAACACAGUCAGCUGUGCAGAAGGUAAAAGAAAUUAUGUCGAAGGAAGAGGCAAAAGGCUUUGUGGGCUUAAAAGUUGGUGUACGACAAAGAGGUUGUAAUGGAUUAUCUUAUACCUUAGAUUAUGCAAAAGAAAAGGGAAAACUUGAUGAAGAAGUAAAGCAGGAUGGUGUAACAAUAAUAAUUGAUAAAAAAGCCCAGUUAACAUUAUUAGGAACUGAAAUGGAUUUCGUAGAAGACAAAUUAGCAGCAGAAUUUGUAUUCAACAAUCCAAAUAUAAAGGGUACAUGUGGAUGUGGAGAAUCUUUUAGUAUUUAAAAAAGAAAUUGUAGAUAUUUAAAAUUAAACCUAUUUUUAGUGUUAUGAUUUAGCAAUCUUCUGUUAAUGCUGACUAAGUUAAGAGCUUUACGAAGAGUAGUAUGUAAAUAAUUAAAAUAUUUUUUUAUUAUUAUUUGUAGAUAAUAGAAGAUAUAUUGUUAAUAGGACCGCACAUCGUUUAAAAAUAGUGUUUUUAUUAUUAUAAAUAAAAUUAACACACCAA